UACUCCAGCUUCAACUCUCAGCGCCGACCUGACAGCUCCCAAACCUCUGACUUUUUUCCCUCUCUUCACAAUGCCAAAUCUAGUCCAAGACGCAACAUCUCAAGGAUAUUGAGAGCACAGAGCAGGACAUGACCUCGUCACUGCAGAAACAGCUAGAACAUGCGCGUGAAACUACAGCCAGACUGAAGGAUAACUCAUCUUCAUCAAUUAAGACCGGAUUUCACGAUGCCUUGCUUUCAAGCGACCCCGAAACUCUGAGGCGCGCGCUUACAGAAGCCCUUGAAAAACAAAAAGAACAAGAAGCCAUUAUUAAAAAGCUGAGACAUGAGGUCGAUGUUGAACGCGGGCAUGCCACGAUCCUCCGACAUGAUAACCAAGUCCUGCGGCAGAUGAAGGCCAAUAUGCAUGCCGUUGCUGAACAAGAGGAAGAAAAUAUCUCAAACAGACUCUUGAAGCGUAUUUCCGGACUCAAGAAGGAGAAAGGAGAGCUUAUGCUGCAGGUAGAGCAGGAAGAGGAGUAUCUAACCAAGACACUACAAAAGAAACUCAACCAGCUACAAAAAGAAAAAAUCGAUAUGGAGAAUGCGCUGGAGCAGGAACAAGAGUAUAUCGUCAAUCGACUACAGAAGCAGCUGGAUGCAUUGCGCAUGGAGCAGUCUACUAGUACCUCGGCUGCAUCCAGCUGGCAGGACAAGGACCACAGCAUUGGGUCUGCUCUUCCCAUUGGUUCGUCGCCUAUCAACAUCGCUGGAGGCGGAAGGUCAUCCAGGAUCAAUCCAAAUCCAUCGCCUACACCAUCUCCUACGCACAAGAAGUGGAUACCGUCACAUUCCCCCUCAUCAUCGGACCACGGGGCUUCUCAUCCUAUUGUGGAUAUGCUCAAGGCGGAACUUACAGCAGCGAAAGCGACGCUAAAUGAACUUGAGCGCGAAUACCUUAUCAAAUUUAAGCAAUGUAACAGAUACCGGUCGGAAGUCCGUACGCUGCGUCAGGAGUAUGGCUUACCUGUCGCUUCAGAUUUGCUUGUUGAAGAUACUCUUCCUACAGUGCUUUCAUCAACCCAUCGUUCUGGAGGGACCCCAUCAAGGAGGAAUUCAAGCACCAGCACCUCGGGAUCGAACAGAAUCUAUGGAGUUCCAGCCACACCGACAAAUACACCUGCUAAUCCUGCGCCCAUCAGCAACCACAGUUUUUCAAGCCAGCGAGCUACACUCUCGCCCCACAAUCCAUUGAUGAGCCCUUUCUCCGGCAACAGUACAGGCUCAGGAGUCUUUAGUCAAUACUCAACCUCUCCGACGAUAGCAACUUUCCCCGGAAAUGUGCUUAAUGUGAGCAGUAACAAUAGCAGUGGUAAUAAUCUAGGAUUUUCAUCUUCCGGAACUGGGGUAGCGACAGCAACAAGUAAUAGCAGCAGCAGUGGCAGUGCUCACUCGCAUCACAUUUACCCCCAUCAUCAACCGUAUUCUUCAGGAAAUUCUGGCACAGCCUCAUUCUCAUCAUCUGUAGGGUCGUUGGGAUCGACCUCCCCCAUGAUGUCCAUGUCAUCAUCCUUAUCUUCAUCAUCGGGAUUGCCCGCCAUUGUUCCUGAGCGUCAGUCAUUGUACCGUUCCAAGAGCAGCGGUCGACAGCAUGCACAAUAUAUGCUUCCUCAACAAACGUACCAAACACAUCAUCAAGUGUCUUCCAGUGCUGCACUCCAGCAACAUUUGCAACAGCAACAGCAAAUACAGCAGCAGCAGCAACAACAACAACAGCAGCAACAACAGCAACAGCAGCAGCAGCAGCAGCAACAACAGGCACAGACGCAAGCUCAGGCUUCUGCACCAACAUCAGCGCCGACCACACCACCUCAACUGCCUGUAGAAACAGGCUCCGGUACAUCUCAAUGAUAGAUGAAGAUAUUAAAUGGGUUUGAGUAGCUUUCCGUCCGAAUAUCAGGGAUUAAAAAUUUUUCUACUGCAGUAAAAAAACCUUGCAUUUUGUCAGACUGGAUAUCCAUGCUAUUAAGAGCUACUUUACAGUAGCAAAAGUUACCAAUCUACUACUACUACU